AUGUCAGCCAUGGAAAAGCCCGAGAUCGACUUCGUGGACGACCGAGAGGCCGACGACCGUUCGGACGCGGAAAAGGGCCCCGUCGUGCGCACCAUCGACAACAUCCGCGUGCUGGGCCUCAGCGAGGAUGACGCGCAGUUUUACGCGAACUUCACGCCCGAGCAGCGCAAGCGGACGACUCGCAAGGUCGACGUCCGUCUCGUGCCUAUGCUCGCCGUGCUCUACCUCAUCUCGCACCUCGACCGCGCCAACAUCGGCAACGCCAAGAUCGAGGGCCUCGCCGACGACCUGAACCUUGACGGUGUGCAGUGGAACAUCGCACUCAGUCUCUUCUUCGUUCCCUAUAUCUUUCUUGAGGUCCCCAGCAACGUGCUGCUCAAAAAGUUCAAGCGUCCUUCGGUAUACCUCGGCACCCUAGUCACCAUCUGGGGCGUCAUCAUGACCUGCCACGGCUUCGUCCACAACUUUGCCGGCCUGCUGACCGUCCGCCUACUCCUCGGCGUCUUCGAGGCCGGCUUCUACCCGGGCGCCGUCUACCUCACGACCUUUUGGUACAUGCCGCGCGACCUCGCCGCCCGCAUCGCCUGGUUCUACUGCACCUCGGCGCUGUCGGGUGCCUUCUCGGGUCUGCUGGCCGCCGCCAUCGCCAAGAUGGAUGGCGUCGGCGGCUACGAGGGAUGGAGGUGGAUUUUCAUACUGGAAGGCAUCUUCACCGUUCUCCUGGGCAUUGCCACCUUCUUCCUGCUAGUCGACACGCCGGCGUUGAGCACCAAGUGGCUGGAGCCCGACGAGGUGCGCUUCCUCGAGCUGCAGAGCUUCAUCAAGCAGGGCGGCCGGUUCGAGGACGAGAAGAAGGAGGACAAGUUCAAGUGGCACGACCUCAAGGCCGUCGUCACGAACUGGAGGCUGUACAUGCAGGCCUGGGCUCUGCUGGCGGCGUCAGCCUGUAGUUAUGGCACAAAGUUCACGCUGCCAACCAUCACAAAGGCCAUGGGCUUCGACAACACGGCGGCGCAGCUGAUGACGGUGCCGCCGUACUUUUGCGGCGCGGUGUCGGCCAUCUUCUUCGCGCGGCUCUCGGACCGCUUCUACUGGCGCAUGCCCUUCGUGGCGAUCCCGCUCGGCCUCAUCUCCAUCGGCUACGCCGUCAUCAUCUCGCUCAAGGGCGACCUGUCGGGCAACAUCGCGGCGGCCAUGGUGGGCGUCAUCAUCACGUGCCUGGGCAUCUACCCGAUCCAGCCGGCGGGCUCGUCGUGGGCGGCCAACAACCUGGCGCCGGCGUCGCGGCGGGCCAUCGGCGUCGCCUUCAACAUCUGCGUCGGCAACCUCGGCGGCAUCAUCGGGAGCUAUAUGUACCUCGAGUCCGAGAAGCCCAAGUACUACACGGGUUUCGGGCUGUCGCUGGCGUUCGGCGGGAGCGGCGUCGUCGUCGCGCUGCUGCUGGAGCUGAGCUACAAAUGGGGCAACGCCAAGAAGGCGCGCAUGUCCGAGGAGGAGAUCCGGACGCGGUACACGGAGGAGCAGCUGAUGGACAUGGGAGACAAGAGCCCACACUUCAAGUAUGUUUUGUGA